UGUUGAGGCAUUUUCACGGGCAUCUUCACCCUCAGCAGCAGCACCAUUCUCUCACACUCUUCUAAUUGGUGUUCUUUAUUUAAUGGUCACUGCUUAUGUCACGAGUUUCUCCUUCCUUUUCUUCUCUCUUCACCAAUUGCUUUCUAACCUCUCUUCUAACACACCAACAUUCAUCAUCCUCACACUCCUUAUAUUCCACACAUUUAAUACUGUAUCUUACUCUUCAUUCUCACCAUCACCUCAACCCUCUCUUCUCUUUUCCAUUUCCUCUCUCCCCUCUCAUUAUCUUUUCUUUUUCUUCAGUCAACAUUUUCCCAUUCCUCAUCAAAACAACAACAACCAACACAAAGUCUUAUGCUUUUUCAUUCACAUGGGGUUCUCCGAGAAGCCACAAGUAGAGGGAGGGUUUGAUUCAGAUACCAACAGAAAAUGGGUCAUCGCUGGAAUCGCGUUACGACCGCCAUUGAAGCCUAUUUACACUGUCCCUGUGGAGAAGGAACACAAGGAAGAGGAUGACACACAAGAGUUUUCCACCACACCAACAGCCGUCGAAUCCAAGAUCCCAACACCCUUCACGUGCCCACCUCCUCCUAGGAAGCCAAAACCUUCCUUCAAGUGCAAUUAUCGUGCCGUUGUUCAAGACUUUUUCACGCCACCAGACUUGGAAACAGUGUUCAUACGCCACGUAAUUGAUCCCACGCAGGAGAAAAUAUGAACGAAAAAAAUCAAAAAAUGAAUCUUAGUCACCGCUUUCUUCUUUAGAGAUAGCUAUAGCUAUAGCUUCUGCUUCUGUUUUUCUGUAUCUUAGCGUCUCUCUCAAUAGUGUAAGUGUUUUCCGUUUUGGUUCUGUGGCUAGAGCUUCGGUAGUUCAGAAAGUGUUUUUGUAUAGAGCAGCUAGAAAUAAAUGAAAUCGCAUCUUAAUUAGCUCUGCAUGAUAUUAA